GGGGAGUUGGUCAAUACGAGGUUUUCUCACCCACGACUGGGCCAGCAGUCAAUUAUGCCACGUAUGAUUUCUCGACAUUUUGAGAAGGUUCUGCAGCGGUGAUGGACCAUAAAAUUCUGCUAAUAUCUAAUGAGCGCAAAGCACAAGGCUGCGACGCAUUGUGUCAGCCAAUCAGCGGCUUGGAUAUCCACGUCAUAGUAAACAAACAAUCGAAACAAUUGCUUCGCUUGAGAAGAACCGAAGUACCUCGUAAUUUAUGCAAUUCGAACUAUUCAAGGCUGAUCAUUGAGACAUUGAUAUAAUCAGUACAUGCCUGCCAAAGCGUCAACCGGUAUCAGAAGCAUUGUGUAAGACUCAAUGCGAGAGAGAUCAACGGAUAUGUUGAGGUAACUCGGGGCAUUCCAGCCAAUUUCCUCUACAGGGUCCGUCCCCAUUACAAUGCUGCGAUCAUCUUCGGUCAUUGCAUCCUACCGCCACGACGAGUCAAGCUCUCCCGACCCUCUCGCAACCUCAUUCAACGAUGAAAACAGUUCAGAUACUGUCGCGAUCACGAAACGCCCUUCGUCAUCAAAUCACCGCCGUGCGCCAUUGAAGCAUACGAGAAGAACUUCUGGAACAAGCCACCGUGAUACUGCGCUGCGCUCCUCAUCACCCUUCCGCUCGGUCUAUGAACAGAAUUGCAGUCCUUGGAAAAUCAAGGUGACUGUGCAGGCAGAGCCAGAAGAUUCAAGCUUGGGCGGGACUGCGCCAAUGACCAUGACCAGAACCAUGAAAAUACCACUGAGACAGGAAAGCUCUCCUACGGAUGGGAUGAAGUCUUCAGGACGAGGACGUAGAAGCUCUGCUGCUUCAGUCAAGAACAAGAGAAGCACAACGCCCGUGCGAGAGACGAGGAAUUCUAGUCGAUCUCGAAGACAAAGUGUGACCAACUUAGAUGUUAUUCCUCUGGGAGACGACGCGGAGGAGGACGAUUGGCUCAAGCAGAAGAAGUCGCCGCGGAAGAAAAGACCUUCCCAAUCUCGAAGACCGACUUCCGCGACGCAGUCCGGGAAGCCUACAACAUUCGAGAUACAACAAGAUGCGGAUCUUGGAGACGAUGAUGCAGUCAUGCAUCAGGAAGAGGGAACUCCAGAAGACACGUCUGUGGGACUGCGCAAUAUCGACCUGAACAGAGUCUCUCUGCGAUCACGAGCGAUGUCAACAAAAUCAAAUGCCGACGACUGGUCCGCACCUCAGGACAAGGGCGACCACCCGACGGCAACGCGCAUGCAGAAACCAAGCGAUGUUCGAAAAGUGUCCGCUAACAGCGCGAGGAGUUACCCGACUCCUUCGCCUUCCGCAUCGAACCAUGGCGAUUCGGACGACGUUGGAAACGAUCUUAUCCAAGAUCAAGGCUCGACACACGCUACAGAAAACUUCGAUACCGUUCUGGAGAGCGAAGGUUUUACCAUGAUAGAUCUGGACACGCUGCCCUCUGCUAAACAAUAUCUCCACAAUUCAUCAAACUUUGAGGAGUCUAAUCUGUGCGAGGCUGGACAGGAGGAUGCUGAAGGGGCAUCAUCAGCGUUGCCAGAGACAAUUGAGGCAUCGGCCACAACCCCCCGGCUACCGGACCAUGAGACAAUCACCUACCCGGCGCUGAAUGUCGACGAAAGUGACAUUUCCAGCACAGUACCCUCAUCGCCUCCGGUUUUGGCGCACGACAAAAGCCUGCUGCACGUAUCUUCCUCGUCCUCCAAUGGGGUGGUUCGAAAGGUCACCCCUCUAUUGUACUCAUCACCCAAACUACCAUCUCCACCAAGACGAACAGUUCAGAAAACUUCAAACCAUCGACAUCGUGGAUCAGCAUCCGCCUUGUUCGCAGGAAUUGCAUUGCAGGAAAUAGUAUCACCGGAGCAACCUUACCAGAAUAGGCGAGAACUAAUGCCGGAGCGGGUUGGCAGGCACAUUGACGAGGAUAGGCUGUACAAAGGCUUUGAUGAUGGCACGAAGAGAGAACUGAGGGCGGGACUCAGACUUGGGGAAGAACUUGCUAAGCGACAAUCGCCAAAUUAUCACGUCGGUGCGGCCAAUCCUGCGAGCGCCGAUAACAAUCAAGAUGGAGCAGAGCAUCAUGCAGCUAGCAGGUCACAAGCAGUCAGCAGAGCCCACCAACAAACACGAGUCUGGCGUGGCGAGACAUUGGUACAGCAUACGCCGGUAGGGAUCCCGAACACCACGACAACAAAUGCAGUGCAGCCCACCAAACAGGUCCUCGAGACGCCUCAAGGGCCUCCUUCCGGCAGAAGAAGUGCCAGACUACUCGACACUCAAGCUCGUCGGGAGCACGAAUGGCAACUCGAGAGACAAGCAGUCUCACGACAGAUCGAGAAUGCGAGUGAAAGCCAGGUCAUCAUCCUCGACAGUGACGACGAGACCCAAGCCCAUGGCGAUCUGACAGUGCCUCAUCCACAGGAUGAAUCACUGCUUUCGGCUGCUAUCGUAGAGGAGGAUGACGAGGAAGACAUUUGGCUCGCUGAAGCGAAGCAUUCUUCCAGCCCGCAGCCAGAAUCGCAGCCACCUUCACAGCAUCCAGAGAUGAAUGAGAUUAACCAGGCCGGGUACCGGGAUCUGGAGAGUAAACCCAUCACUAGACCUCGACGAAAUCUUAUUCCAAAUACUUGGAGGCGAGCCGCCCCAGCUGAUCAAAGCACGUUUCUAUCCACCAAGACAGAUGACAUGAGUGGGUUGAUGGAUUUGCAGGAGCAAGAGAGCAAGAUCAAGUUCGGUGCCGGCGAGAUCAAGAGGCAGAGGCUGGGCCAGCGGAGAAACAGCGGUGCAUUUGAUAUAGAUGCCAUGCUAGGAACGCCCAAGGAGGAUGUCAGUGGGGCUGAGGACACUGAAACGACUGACUUCUACGACGAUGAGCAACGUCAGACCCAGCUGGACGACACGAUCGGAUCGGCCUCUGCUCAUGAGUCCAGUGUGGCGCUGGAAGAUGUCGAGUCGUCAACAAUCAACCCUAUCUCUUCAGAACAACCAUCAUCUCCCUCGCCACAGCGUGGCCAUGUCAAAACCCCCAUCAAUUUUAAUGACUCUUCAGUCGCGGUCACAACGCCACCUGAAACGAUACAUGUGCAGCUCGAACCACCGUCAUCGCCUGCAAUCCCGGUAUCUUCGCCUCAACGACCACCCACACCGCGCUCCGCUCUGAAAGGCUCACGCCAGAGCUUCGGCGAAGUCCUCGGACUGCAAAACCCGGAAACAAGAAGAGUGAUCUGGAGCCAGCGCUCGCGAGGCGUGACUAUCGAUGGGUUAGAGAGCAGUUUCAGCAUGAAGACUGUGAGCGAUGAGUCGACAUUCUGCUCAGUGGGUGCGCAGUUGAACCGCGAGUUACAAGCUCAUGAGGACGAUGAUCAGGAUUCCGAGCAGCCCGAGCAGGCUGACUUGAACGCGCAAGAGGAGACCCUCGACAGCGUGUCUGUAGAAGAAUCGCUGACGCCAACUCCGCAACCUGAGCGAUCCGACAAGGGAUGGACAGGCUGGACACUGGGUUCGAAACAUGCACAAGCACAGAUACAUACCAUCCAGGCUCAACCUGGGCGUGGCCAAACUAAUUCGUCCCAUCGAUCAUACGCUCAAAGCAGACCGACAGGUCAACCGAAGCCCGAGCAUGAGGCAUCGAAGGAAACCUCGCAGCCAACGAAAUCGUCCAUCGUGUCGACCUCGGUACGAGCGUCGGCAUCAGUGUCCAACGCCAGGGCGAAUGAGAAAGAGAAGGAGAAGGAGAAGGGCAGGAUACCAUCAUACCUCCUCCCACCCUCCUACCCAUCCGAUCCUUCACGCUCAAGUUCCAAACCGCUCACCCUUUCCGGAGACUUCACAAACUCGCACUUCAGGACAUUGCACAUCAUAUACCGCAAAUCGUUGCGUCCGAAAUUCCACGCCCCUCUCACCCACGCCAUUCGCCCUGAGAUCCUUGCCAUGAACGGUGCGGCGAUGGACGUCGAUGAGACGGACGGUGGGAUGGGCGAGGUGUUUACGUUUACUAUGGGCCUGACUGAGUGUCAGGUUCUGGAACGCUUCAUGCAGGAGUGCGAGUAUAGCUGUGGGUGUGGGCUCUACCGGAACGGAAAAGACGUAGAAUGGGGAUGGAGCGUGAGUGAGAUUGCGGAGCGGCUUUGCCGGAUUGUGGUUGGGGAGGUGGUGAGGGAUGAGGAACGGAAGGCCGCGAAGGGGAGAUAAGUGCCGAUACCAUCGGGAUCAAGAUCUCGAGGUUGUUGUUGUUGUGGUUAUAGAAUAGUCUUGUGGGACUGGUACCUAUCGGUUUGUUUUGUGAGAGUUUUUUUGAGCGAAGUGUACUGUAUUGUAUUUUGGAAGCGCGUUGAGUCAUAUUGGUUAUCUCGCUAUACC